AUGUCGGGCUUUUCAUUUAAUCCGAACGCGAGCGUCUUUGUUCCUGGCGGUGGACAAUACCGAGUUGCCCCUCCUCCGCCACCAGCUGCGGCCGAUGGCUCCCGCAUUAUGAGUCCUGCUCCGCAGGCGGCCCAGGCCCCUUCGUCUGCUCCUGUUGUGGCUGCCCCUGUGGCUGCUGCUAAGCCGGUGCCCUCAGUGAGCGAAGUCACUGAACAAAUGGAGAACCUGCAAGUGCAGGAGAAAGAAGCGUGCUGGUCCGACGAAGCAGAAGAUUCCGUCGUGGAGACUGCCGCAUCUGCGGCGACUCCGGAGAAGGCGGCAGCGGCUCCUUCCCCCCCCGCGGCGACCCAGCAGCCGAGCGGCUCCUCGGAGGGUGUAGUGACGAAGGCUGCAGCAAGAGAAGCCGCCGCGGCUGCGGCCAGCAAGAAGCUCCCCCCUGACAGCCGACCCCAUCUGAAUGUUGUUUUUAUUGGUCACGUCGAUGCGGGCAAGAGUACUACCUGCGGCAACAUCUUGUAUCUCACUGGCGGUGUCGACGAACGCACGAUCGAGAAGUACGAGCGAGAGGCAAAGGAGAAAAACCGUGAAUCGUGGUUCCUUGCCUUCGUCAUGGAUAUCAACGAGGAAGAGCGACAGAAGGGAAAAACCGUCGAAGUGGGUCGCGCCUAUUUCUCGACACCCAACAGACGCUUCACGCUGUUGGACGCUCCGGGCCAUAAGGCCUUCGUUCCCAAUAUGAUUGAAGGCGCUGCUCAGGCGGACGUCGGCGUUCUGAUCAUUUCCGCCAGGAAGGGAGAAUUCGAAACGGGUUUUGAGAAAGGAGGGCAGACGCGUGAGCACGCUUUGCUGGCGAAGACUCUAGGUGUCAACCAGUUGGUCGUCGCGGUGAACAAGAUGGACGAGCCAACAUGCGGAUGGAGCCAAGCUCGCUUCGAGGAGAUCGAGAAAAAGCUGACGCCUUUCCUCAAGUCGUGCGGCUUCAAUCCUGCCAAGGAUGUGCUGUUCAUCCCCAUCUCGGGUCUGCAGGGUCAGAACCUCAAGGAUCACGUCUCGCGCCCGGGAACCAAGGCGUACGAUCCACGCGCGUCUUGGUAUGGCACCGACCGGCCGAGUCUGUUUGAACUCUUCGACUCUCUCGUCCCUCCCGACCGCAAGGAGGACGACCCGCUUCGCGUCCCCAUUCUCGACGGAUACAAGGACAACGGCGUCAUCGCUCUCGGCAAAGUCGAGGCAGGCACUUUGACUCCAGGCAUGAACUGCAUCCUGAUGCCGAACAAAAACAAAGUGAAGAUUUUGGGAGUGUAUGUUGAAGACGACGAAGUCGCUUACGCCAAGCCUGGAGAAAACGUGCGCAUCAAGCUCCUGGGCAUUGAAGAGGACCAGAUCGCGAACGGCAUGAUGCUUUGCCCUCUGAACGAGCCGUGCCCCGUUGUCACGAGCUUCGUCGGACGUUUGGGAAUUGUUGAGCUCCUCGAGCACCGUCCCCUGAUCACCGCUGGGUAUUCUUGCGUCCUUCACGCCCACACGGCGCGCGAGGAAAUGACGCUCAACCGGCUCAUCGAGGUAGUCGACAAGAAAACGAAGAGGAAGAAGAGCAAUCCGCAGUUCGUCAAAAACGAUUGCAUGGUCACGGUUGAGAUCGAGCUUCAAAACCCUGUCUGUCUCGAGGAGUUCGAGAAAAUGGCCCAGCUGGGGCGGUUCACUCUUCGCGACGAAGGCAAGACCAUCGGAAUUGGUCGAGUGUUGCAGAUUGUGAAGACGGUAUAA